AUGAAACCAGAGGACUCGGGCUGUCGCCUCCCAGACCUGCACCAUCAACAUCAGAGCAGCUGCAGACACAAGACGGGAAAGACCUCAAGAUUUAAACAUCAGGGAUAUCUGAAGAAACACAUGAUCGUCCACGCGGGUGAGAAGUCCUUCACGUGUGGUGUUUGCGGUACAAGUUUCAAGCGGAGGAUAGAUUUUAAGAGACACAUGAGCGUCCAUUCAGGAGAAAAGCCUUUCAGUUGCAACAUUUGUGGUAAAAGCUUCAACCGGGGGGGAAACCUGAAGACGCACAUGACCGUCCACACGGGAGAGAAGUCGUUCAGUUGUGAUGUGUGCGGUAAAACCUUCACUCGAAAGGGAAAUCUGAAGAUCCACGCUCGCGUCCAUAUUGGAGAGAAGCCGUUCGUUUAA